AACACAGCGCCAGCUCCUGCGCGAUUGGCUCCGCCGCAGAGAGCGGAGUAUGUGAUGAAGUGCGGAAGAAACGGGGGAAUUCCUGAACAGAGGGGUUUGAGAGCGGUCUUUGUGAGAUAAACGAACAGAUAACCCGGGUUAUUAACUGCUGGACAUGUAGGCCGGACUGUCGGCUGGCAGUUGAUAAGUAGCAGCUGCUCGGCGGCGCGUUUCAGGAGCCUCAACAAGUCUUCCGGACUCGGCGGCGCUAAGUUAACGUUAGCGCUCCGCUAGCUGAGCCAGAAAGUGCUUCUGGAAAGACGUCAGAAGAGAGAGCGAGAUCAUGGUUCAACCCCAGCCUCACGGAGGCGGCACCUUACAGUGGGAGAUGACUGGUGAGGAGGCUGUAGGGGCUGCCAGCCAAGGGUCACUAAUGGCCAGUUCACAAGGAUCUCUGAGGGUUCCACCCGAGUUGGCUGGAAACGAGGUCGUCCACAGACUUCUGGCAGACAACCAUCAGUUACGAGAGGCCCUGAAACGAAGCAAUGACGCCCUGAAGGACAGGUGUGAAGAGAUGGAGGGAUGGCAGAGGAGGUCUAGGGAAGAACGAGAGUUCCUCAGCUGUAAAUUUCGCGAGGCCCGGGCAUUAGUGGAGCGACUGGCUCAGGAGAAUCACAGUUUGCUGGGCAAGCUCAACCAUAGUGUCAGUCUCUCAGCAGGUCUGAGUCCUGGCAAUUCUCCUGAGGCAGGAAGUUCGGAUAAAAACCUAGAAGGCUGCAGUGCAGAGAGUAAUGGACUGAUUCACUCUCCUGAGACCUUUGAAGAGACUGCCUUGAAGGAUGGUGUAGAAGAAGACGAAGAAAGAGUUCAUCAAAGCUUGGCAUCUAGUGACAAUAGCUUCCUCAGUAGUUUCCCUCCCAGUCUGCAUGACGCCCUGCCCUAUGAUGAAGGGCAGUGCUGGGUGGAGGGAGACAGCAGGGCCUGUCAGCCUAGUGAAGGUUCUAAUGAGUUCUUAAAGCUGCUGAAGAGUCAUAAAGAGAAGAUGGAGGACGGAAUGAGAGAUCUCAGAAGGAAGAAUGAGGAACUGGAGAAAGAGAAAAUGGAGAGUGAAAAGGAGAAAGAGGACCUUCGGACUACUGUUGAGCAGCUUCAUGUGGAACUGUCUCAGCUCAAGCAGACUGCUGUUGUAGCAGAGGAGACAGAUUUCACAGUUUCUCCAGAACGCUCUCACUUGGCUAAACUAACAGAGCAGCUUCAGGCUACACAAGGAAGGUAUAGAGAGCUUCAGGAAAAACUGAACGCUCUGCAGCACAAUUCAUUUCAGAGGGACCGAGUUGAGGCUGUUCUCAAACAGAAAGAGAAGGACUGUGUUCAGCUGACUAAGGAUAUUGAAGCACUGAAGGCUCAGGUCACAUCUCUUCUUGGGGAACUGCAUGAGCGCCAGACCUGUCUUAACAAAUGUGAAGAAGAAAAGAGACAUUUAGAGGACAAGUUACGCAGUAAGACAGAAGGCCUGCAGAAUCUGGAGCGGGAAAUGGAGCAGCAGAAGAAGCAGCACUUCGUCACCAUGGACAAACUACUGCUGCAGACACAGAAUUUGGAGGCUGCACUGAAGAAUGAAAGACUUGUCAUUGUGGAGGAGAGAAGAAAGCUGGCCCAGCUCCAGCACGCAUACACCUGUCUGUUUCAAGAUUAUGACAACAAGCUGAAAACAGAAAAACAAGCAAACAGGGGCGGAGAGGCGGAGAUUCUUAACAGAUUGGAGGAAGCUGAGAGAGCUCUGGCUUUGAAACAGGCUCACAUUGACAAACUCAAGGAGGAAAUGGAGCAAGUGAGGAGCCUACAGGAGACUAAUCAAGUGCUUACAGCACAGGCUGAAAUCUACAAGCUAGAUUUCCAGGCUGAGAGAGAAGCACGAGAAAAGCUCAAUCAGAAGAAAGAGGAGCUGCAGGAGAAGCUGAACCAGGUUCUGGCUGAAAUCAACCUACUCAAGCAGGAGAACAUGCAGCAGAGACACAAGGAUGACUAUCGACCUCAUCAGCUCCUACCACCUGGACCAUCGAUGCCCCCACAGAACCGAAACCCUGAAGUGCUGCCAGAGUUCCAAUGUCCUAAGUGUCAGUACCGUGCACCAGACAUGGAUACUCUACAGAUUCACGUGAUGGACUGUAUCCAAUGAGAACAAGAAAAGGCUCACAAAGAGAGCAACAAAUGGUUGUGAUCAACAAAUGAGAGCUUCUUACAAAUCAAACACAGAAUUGCACACGAGACCAGAAGAGGGUAAAAAGGUCAAUCUGUGGCUGCUGAACUUUGGGCCUUGCAACCAGGUGGCUUUACAAAGAAGACUGACAUCAGAUAUGAUGGACAUUUUAUUUUGGAGGAAAUAAAACAGUGCAGUUCAAUUUAACAUAUUCUAUUAGUUCAUAUGUUAGAAAUGAUCUUUACUGCCUCUCUGUGACCGCAUAAUGUACUGCACGUGUGACUGUGUGUUUCUGCUGUGCAGCAUACAUCUAUCUGUGACAAUGUUUCCUUUUUAAAUGUGUUUUUUGGAUGUAUGGCUACUUUUAGGAUUAAUGCUUGUCUGUGUUAAUAUUGUCUAUUAUCUUGCCUGAAUGUAUUAACCAAAACAGAAUCUUUGUACAGUCUAUUGCUAUGGAGAGAUUUAAAUAAUUAAAGAAAGACAUAUAUAUGGAAUAUA